GGCGGCGCGGCGCGGCGGCGGGGCCGGGCCGGCGGCGAGCGGCGGCCGCGCUGUCAGGCCGGUGUCAGUGUGAUGAAGAUUGGCGGGCAGGGAACUUUCUAAUGGCUAAAUGGUUUCUUCGGGUUGAUCGACCACCAGAAAGCUGCUGCUUGCCUUCACCUCCCAUUCCUGCUCCGGGAAGCCUCCAGGACGGGUCCGUAAGUCCCCGAGCGAUGGCUGAUACUCCAGCGUAGGAGGCUGCUCCCAUUGGAGCCAAAUUUAAGACCCAGUCUUCAUCCUUCUCGCGGGAAACUUGCACAAAUGCUGCGGUGCUCCUGGCCAGAAGAAGAGAGAUUUUCAGAAGCAAGAAGGGGAUUUGGGAGGAGAUUUGGUAUCUCCCUGUGGGACGCGUGAGAGAAACUGGUCCUCUGAGGAGAUGUGAAACCCGCGGCCGGUCCAGCUGUUUGGCCAUGCAGCGAUGGAGGCCUGCACCAAAAGCAGCUGAAAUGCACCCAAAUCGGCACCUUGGCCUUUCCUUCAUGACCACUGAGCAGGGAGCAGCGGGGGUGGGAAAGCUGCCAGGUCGUGACCCAUACCCAGAAGUCUUGCUUUUGGGGCUGGGGGAGAACACCUGAAGGACAGCAGCUCCCUGAGCACCCCCCAAAACGGUUCUCGAUGUGACUCCCACCCAGGAUGCACCAUGUCUCCCCGGCACCGGCUCUGACGAUGAUGGCCACCCAGACGGUGCCCCCUCCUCCCUACCAAGACACCCCACAGAUGACGGCCACAGCCCAGCAGCCUACCAAGGCACAGCCUGUGCACCUCACCACCACGCCAGCAGCCGCCAACGCACCCGUGCCCACUGCAGCUGGUGACCCCCAGGCGCAGCUGGAGGCCGACAAGCGAGCCGUCUACAGGCACCCGUUGUUCCCGCUGCUAACGCUGCUCUUUGAGAAGUGUGAGCAGGCGACACAGGGCUCUGAGUGCAUCACCUCGGCCAGCUUUGACGUUGACAUCGAGAACUUUGUCCACCAGCAGGAGCAGGAGCACAAGCCCUUCUUCAGUGAUGACCCCGAGCUGGACAACUUGAUGGUGAAGGCAAUCCAGGUGCUGCGCAUCCACCUUCUGGAGCUGGAGAAGGUCAACGAGUUGUGCAAGGACUUUUGCAACCGCUACAUCACCUGCCUCAAAACCAAGAUGCACAGUGACAACCUACUCAGGAACGACCUGGGGGGGCCCUACUCCCCCAACCCCUCCUCCAUCAGCCUCCACCCUCAGGAGAUGCUGCAGAGCUCACCCACGGCACUGCCGGCCGCGUCCAACCCCCCGCCAGGCAUUGUGGUGCCCGCAGCCACGCUGCCCCCGGGCAACCUGGCCAUGGGCGCUGGGAGCGGGUCGCCCGCCGUGCCAGGUGGAGCCCUGUACCAGCCCGUGACAAUGGUGACGUCGCAGGGCCAGGUCCUCACCCAAGCCAUCGCCCCCGGAGCCCUGCAGAUCCCCAAUGCCCAGGUGAACCUGGAUCUCACCUCGCUCCUUGAUGGCGAGGACAAGAAGUCCAAGAACAAGCGGGGCGUCUUGCCCAAACACGCCACCAACAUCAUGCGCUCCUGGCUCUUCCAGCACCUCAUGCACCCCUACCCCACAGAGGACGAGAAGAGGCAAAUCGCCGCCCAAACCAACCUGACCCUCUUGCAAGUCAACAACUGGUUCAUCAACGCCAGGCGGCGCAUCCUACAACCCAUGCUCGAUGCCAGCAACCCAGACCCAGCCCCCAAAGCCAAGAAAAUCAAAUCUCAGCACCGGCCCACCCAGCGGUUCUGGCCCAACUCCAUCGCUGCUGGAGUCCUGCAGCAGCAGGGUGGCAAUUCGGGGACAAAUCCUGAUGGCCCACUUGGCAUGGACAACCUGCAGCCCCUGUCAUCAGCCACAGCCACCAUGGCCAUGCAGCAAGCCAUGCUGGCGGCCCAUGAUGACUCCCUAGACGGUACUGAGGAGGAGGAGGAAGACGAGGAGGAGGAUGAGGACGAGAUGGAAGAGGAGGAAGAGGAGGAGGAGGAGCUGGAGGAAGAGCCUGGUGGCCUCCCAGCUGCACCCGGCACUGACCUCGGCUUGGACCACAGUGACUCACUGGAGUAGUUCCCCCUGCGCCCUCCUCAAAUCAUUGAUGGCACCAGAAACACCCCCCCCUCCCAAAUGGCAAAAAAUGGCAAGAACAGCAACAAAUUGGUGAGAAAAGAGCAAAUUGGAGGCACUGACAGGUGCCCUAUCUGCCUGUGGGAGCACGGGGGCCACCACACCAGCGCGUGGAAGUGAAGGACAUGCGUUUACAAGGCACAUAUUGUGGCCGGAUUUUUGUUUUGUUUUGUUUUUUGUUUUUUUCCAAGUUUUAUCCUUGUUUUCCCUCUUUGCCCUUCGAUUUUGGUGAGGAAAGCAUUUUUAGUGGAAGAUGUUAUGCCCACAAUGCUUGGAUGCCAUGGGGUAACACGUUUUUUUUCACUGUGGGCUGCUGCAUCCUCUUGGAUUUCUUGGUGCAAAAAAAAAAAACCAAACAAACCAGGACUGAUGUUUUUUUGGGAAGGCUUCCCCAGAAAAGAUCACUCACAGGCAUAAAUAUCAGCAGGUGGGAAAAAAUUGCUGAGUGCAAAUUCUGCUUCAGAUCAGAUUUGAGGAAAGUUUCACACUCUUGACCCACUGGAUUGCCCAAACCUCCAAUGUCGUGGCCAUUUGGUGACUCCAUACAUGACUUUCUGGAAAAGGGAGAAAGCUCCCCUGAACUCUUUAAUUUAUGUGCUAAAAACCCAUCAAAUCUGGAAAAAAAAAAAAACACACCCUUUUCCUUAAGGGCUGAGACUAGAUGCAAAGUUGGGCAAAACCUGCCAGGAGUGAGACCUUCCCAGGGUGCUUUGGUACCAAAAAGGGAAAAAUGGUUAAAAAAAAAUCCACAUACUUUCACCCAAAGUUGAAUAGUGAACCCCAGGCUUUGCCCGGGAGGAAGGAAAUUCAGUAUGGUUGCUGAAAAGAUGAUUUCUCCCCAGUAUCAUCCACCUGCACAGGAAAACAUUGGGUUUCUCACCCCCAAGUGCCCUGAAUGAGGUAUCAGGGAGGGCAGCUCUACAAAAGCAAUUCAUUUGGAGACUUUGGAAUGGUAGUAAAAGGGCAAAUUUUGCCUUAAAAUGUGAGACAAAAGCAGCCCAGGUGACACAGGGGCUCUUUGUACCGUGGGGGGGAAACAAAAGUUUUUUUCUGCAGGUUCUUCCCCAUAACUGCGGGGUUUGUCCUUCUGUAGUAAGGAAGGAUUUGGGCGGCUGCAACAAUUGCCAUUUUUGUCCUUCUUUUGGCUCUUGAGGAGUUGAGAAGAAACAGCAGCCACAGAAAAACAGCUGCAGCAACAAAGUGAUGCAAUGGGCAGAAAAGCCUAUUUUUCGAUACUGAUCUGGCGUGAAUGUAAUCCAUAAU